AUGUUUGCCCAAAGAGCCUCUUCGGCAUUGCGUGCCUCUGUGUCUCACGCUGCGGCAGCCAGAUACGCUGGCGCCAGCAACUCCUUCCUUGCUGCCAGAGUCACUCUCUCCAUGGCAAGAUUCUACUCCUCCAAGUUCCCAGAACACACUGUCAUCCACAUGCCUGCUUUGUCGCCUACCAUGACCCAGGGUGGAAUCAUGUCGUGGAGCAAGCAGGUUGGCGAUGAAUUGGCCCCAGGUGAGCCCAUUGCCGAGAUCGAGACCGACAAGGCCUCCAUGGACUUUGAGUUCCAGGAGGAGGGCUACUUGGCCAAGAUCUUGGUCGACGCUGGUGCCCAGGACGUGCCUGUUGGUAAGCCUAUUGCCGUUUACGUCGAGGAAUCUGGCGAUGUGGCUGCUUUCGAAAGCUUCACCGCUGAGGACGCUGGUGAGGGUCCUGCUCCUCCUGCUCAGGAGGAGGCCAAGGAAGAGCCAAAGGAGGAGCCAAAGAAGGAGGAUGAGGCUCCUCAGAAGCCUGCUGCUACCACUAAGGACUCUACUCCUUCUAAGGCCCCAGCUGGCAGAAUCUUUGCAUCUCCAUUGGCCAAGACCAUCGCUUUGGACAAGGGUAUCGCUUUGAAGAACAUCAAGGGUUCUGGUCCAAACGGCAGAAUCGUUGCCAAGGACGUUGAAGCUUACAAGGCUCCUGCCGCUGCCACCGGUGCUGCUCCAGCUGCUACCGGCGCUGCUGUCCCAGCCUCUUACGAGGACAUUCCUCUUACCGGCAUGAGAAAGACUAUCGCCUCCAGAUUGUUGCAGUCCACCCAGCAGUCCCCAACAUACAUUGUCCAGUCCCAGCUCAACGUCACCAAGUUGUUGAAGUUGCGCCAGUCGCUCAAUGCUACCGCUGAGGACAGAUACAAGUUGUCUGUCAACGACUUGUUGAUCAAGGCCAUUGCCUUGGCCUCCGUGAGAGUUCCACAGGCCAACUCCGCUUGGUUGGCUGAAGAGGGCGUCAUUAGACAGUACAACAACGUCGACGUGUCUGUGGCCGUUGCUACGCCUACCGGCUUGAUCACUCCUAUCGUGAAGAACGCACACAACAGAGGCUUGGCUGCCAUCUCCAAGGAGAUCAAGGAAUUGGGCAAGAAGGCCAAGGCUGGCAAGUUGGCUCCCGAAGAGUACCAGGGCGGUACCAUCUGCAUCUCCAACUUGGGCAUGAACCAUGCUGUGAACGCUUUCACCUCCAUCAUCAACCCACCUCAGUCUGCUAUCGUGGCCAUUGGUACUACCGACAAGAAGGCUGUGCCAAGCUCUGUUAACGAGCAAGGUUUCGUCUUUGAGGACGUCAUCACCGUGACUGGCACAUUCGACCACAGAGUUAUCGACGGUGCCGUGGGCGGUGACUGGGUGCGUGAGUUGAAGAGAAUUGUCGAGAACCCAUUGGAGUUCUUGGUGUAA